AUGAGAGUCUUUUGGCCAAGCAGUGGGAUCCAGAGAAAUCAGGGGGUUGUUGUUGGCUGGAGGAUCAAGGAUACUUUAUGUGUGGUGGACAUUGCGGAUAGUCGGAAUGAUGAUCUGGCAGGCUCACUCAAGAGUAUUAUUCCUACAACAUGCGAUUAUCGUCUGAUAUCCCUGGGGCAGGCCCAGCCUGCCGAAUCCACACAAACGCAUUCAAGCGCAACUAUAAUGUUCUGGUUGAGCAAGGAUGAAAUCCCCAUCUUGUGCUCGGAAUCGGUACAACUGAUACUCUACACACCGCCUGAUUCGACUCGUCUGCGUUUUCUCCGUACCUCAACGCCUUUCAGAGGGUUCCGAAAUCAGGCCAUGGCAGUCCAGGACGAAUACGGUAUAGGCCAGAAGUCCUCUGUGAAAACGGAAGAAAUCAAUGAGAUCAUAAGCCUGAUCAAUAUAUCGAAGGUCGCUCAAAGAGAUCUAUCCUGUAUGGCUACCUCGGGAUACAGGCGAAACCCAAUCAACAAUGAUGAGCUCAAAUGGUCGACGAUGACUUCUGCAUUCCUUGCAAUCUUGUUUCUCCCUCUCAGAAUGUGCGCACAGGCCUUGUAUCUCACCCUCAACCAUCACACAUCCGUCGGAUCAUUCCGACAAUUCAGCUCUACCAUUGAUCAAUUUGCUUUGCGUCUAUCACAGGGUAUACAAGGACCCAAACGGUUUAUGAGUACCCGACAGGUCGGCCUAGGUAUAGAAGUCAGAUCAGAGAGUUACAUUCGUUUUUGGAACACAGUGUGGCUGAUAUUUAACGAUGUAAUAUUGGGCUAUACGGCAAGACAGCUUAUACUCCUAUAUGCACCGUUCAUCCAGCAGCUGCUUGAAUCAUCAAUCCCAAAACAUCUCGUCGAACUGCCUAUCAACGCCUUGAAAUGGUUGAAUGAUUGGCCAGUCGGCUUGAAGUUAAACACUCCUCUGAGUCAAUUCUUCUGUACGGGAUUGGGUUCGAUCAUGCAGAAAUGGGGUGAUGUUGUUCUACCACACCUGGAUACUCUCCUUCCAUCCAUGAUCCGGCUUUUCGCUCUUUCCUCCCUCGGUGGUCUGACUCUCACCCUAUCGCUACUUAACGACACGAUCACCAUACUCACAUCGCACUUUCAUCUCUGUCAUCUAUUGAUGAGAUACAUCUUCAAUUGGCAAUUAGAAUCAUUGAGCGGUUUGUGGAAUCUUUUCCGAGGUAAAAGAUGGAAUGUUCUUCGUCAAAGAACGGAUUCGUACGAAUACGAUGUAGAUCAGCUUUUCUUAGGUACUUUGCUUUUUACCGUAUCAGCUUUCCUGUUUCCUACGGUUUUGACGUACUUCGGCUUGUUCGCUUUGUUCCGAGCUGCUACCGUUGGAUCACAGAAAAUUCUCACAGGCGCUGUCACUGCUCUGAACGCGUUUCCGCUGUUCGAAUUGAUGUUGAGGAUCAAGGAGCCUUCGAGAUUACCUGCUGGCGUUCAUAUCAAGCUCAAGUCUGUGAGUGGUAAGGGUACGGGAGUGGACAGCAACGGAAGAUCGGCAAUAACGCAUGUUUUAGAACUCAAGAACUCCCCCAAAUCCAUUCCAGAGAUCCUCUUCCCACCAUCCAGUCAAUCAUAG